CCACUGUUUCAAUCAAUGGAAUUUGUCAAGGGCGGUAGUGCAGAGGUGUCGGGUUUGUCAACUAGGAGUAGUCAGUGGUCGGCGAAAAUGUGGAAGAGUUUUGUAAUUUUAUUAACUUUGGCGGUUUUCUGCUAUACGGCGGAACCUCCGGAAGAAACACUGGUUUUGCUGGACAACUUGGCCAUCCGAGAAACACAUUCAAUUUUUUUCAAAUCACUGCAAGAGCGCAACUAUAAACUGACCUUCAAACUAGCUGACGAUCCAAAUUUGGUAAUCUCAAAAUAUGGCGAAUAUCUCUACAAAAAUCUUAUCCUCUUCGCACCGUCGGUUGAGGAAUUUGGUGGUGAAUUGAGUGCCAACAAGAUUGUCAACUUCAUCGACGAAGGUGGUAACGUGUUGGUUGCCGUUAGUGAGAAAUCCGGAUUUGUACUUCGCGAAUUAGCAUCAGAAUGUGGAUUCGAAGUAGACGAUGAGAAUGCUAUGGUCGUCGAUCAUCUCAACCAUGAUGUCUCCGAUACAGGAGAUCACACUAAAAUCCUUACAAGACCAAAGAAUCUCAUUGAUUCGGAAGUAAUAGUUGGACCUAAAGCCCAGAAUACGGAUCCGUUGAUAUUCAAGGGAACUGGUUUGAUUGCCGAUCGGGAAAAUCCGCUUGUUAUGCAACUGUUGACUGCAGAAAGUUCCGCCUACAGCUACAGUAACCCAGAAGAUCCGGUGACACAGUACCCUCAUGCUGUUGGACGCGGAACAAUAUUGAUUGCUGCCCUGCAAGCUCGUAACAAUGCUCGCGUUGUAUUCUCGGGUUCUUUGUAUUUCUUCUCCGACGAAGCAUUCAUUUCAUCACUGGAAAACGCCCAAGGUGGCAAACAAGUUAAAUAUCAGAAAUCUGGAAAUGAGAAAGUUGCAACAGCCAUCAGCAAGUGGGUAUUCGGGGAGAAUGGUCGAUUGAGAGUAAAAUCCGUAGAACAUCAUCGUGAAGGUGAAAUUGUACCGCCAACCGCUUAUACGAUUACGGAUCCAGUUGUAUAUAAAAUCGCCAUUGAAAUUUAUCAGGAUCGAAAAUGGAUUCCAUUCGAGGCAAAGGACAUCCAACUUGAAUUUGUACGAAUUGAUCCGUUCGUUCGCAUGAGGUUAUCGUAUUUGAAGGAUGGAGUGUAUGUGGCUAAAUUCAAGAUACCUGACGUGUAUGGUGUUUACCAGUUUAAGGUUGAUUACAAUCGUGUAGGUUAUACACAUCUUUUCAGCACAACACAGGUUUCUGUGCGCCCGCUUCAACACACCCAGUAUGAGCGCUUCAUUGCAAGUGCCUAUCCAUACUACGUCAGCGCGUUCUCAAUGAUGUUCGGAGUGUUUGUUUUCUCGUUCGUCUUCCUACAUUUCAAGGAGGAUGCAGGAAAACCGAAAGCUGACGAGAAAAAGUCACAAUAAAACGCACGUAUUUUUUGCGUAUUAUGUUAAUGCACUGUGUACAAGUGUUUCUUACCUUUAAUAAAUUGUAAUAGUUUAGAGAGA